UCGGCUCAACCCGGAAAAAGAACACGAAGGCGGAUGACACGAAACGAAUGUCCAAAUAUUUCUCACUAAUUUAAAGUGCUUUCUUAUUAGGUAUCUGACAGAAUGAAACGCAAUUAAUUCAUCUACAUUUUUUACUGGUGAGUACAUGCGCGUUUUGAAUCCUGAUUUUGGAUGGCCAACGGUUGGAUUCAAGGCGGAAAUAGAAAGCAAACCGGAAGUGAACAAAGGGUGAAAGGUCGGUGGAUGUUGAACGCAACUCGGGAAGCUUUUCUUUAGAUGAAAUGGCCAACAGGACGGUGAAAGACGCCAACAGCAUCCACGGGACGAACCCGCAGUACCUGGUGGAGAAGAUAAUCCGCACUCGCAUUUACGAGUGCAAGUACUGGAAGGAGGAAUGUUUCGGGCUGACGGCCGAGCUGGUGGUGGACAAGGCCAUGGAGCUCAAGUACGUGGGUGGCGUGUUCGGGGGCAACAUCAAGCCCACGCCGUUCUUGUGCCUCGCCCUCAAGCUGUUGCAGAUCCAACCUGAGAAGGACAUCAUCGUGGAGUUCAUCAAGAACGAGGACUUCAAGUACGUGCGCCUGCUCGGCGCCAUGUACAUGCGCCUGACGGGCACGGCCGUGGACUGCUACAAAUACCUUGAGCCGCUCUACAACGACUACAGGAAGAUCAAGAGCCAGAAUCGCAACGGCGAGUUUGAACUCAUGCACGUGGACGAGUUCAUCCACGAGCUGCUCCACUCUGAGAGGAUGUGCGACAUCAUCCUGCCGCGCCUGCAGAAGAGGCAAGUCCUGGAGGAGGCCGAGAUGCUGGAGACCCGCGUCAGCGCUCUGGAGGAGGACUUGGACGAGGCGGAGAGCAGCGAGGACGACGAGGACGAGGACGAGCGGGCAGAGAGGAUUCCGAGCCCCGAGCCUCACCGCCGGGCCUACCGCGACGACAGACCCCGCCGCUCGCCGUCGCCCCGCCGCCGACGGAGCCGCUCGCCCAGGCGGAGGAGCCGCUCCCCCAAGGCCAGACGCAGCCCCGCCGACAGCCGCAGGGAGAAGCGCCGUAGCAAAAGCCCGCGCCGCCCGCACCGAGAGCGGAGACGUCGCUCCAAGUCGCCGGUGGCCCACCACAGAGGCCACCGGCACCGCAGCCACUCCAAGAGCCCCGACAAGAGCUCCAAGAAGAGCCACAAGAAGAGUCGCAGGGGGAACCAGUGACAAAUGUACCUUCUCAUUUGUACUUCCACUCUAUGUUCUCCAUUUUUAGAUGAUGACAUACUUUUGGACACAUAAGUUGUGCAUAGCUUACAUUUUGUCAAUAAAGUUUGGGGGAAAACAA